UUACCUACGAUUUUUAUUGUUAUAAAAAGCUUUGCAAAUCUAUAUCAUUUUAAGACACUAAUAAGUCAAAUUAUUAAGGGAAACAAAACGGUUUCGAAAAGACAAGUUUCACGAUUAAGAAGGUUCAAAGCUCUAUUUGUGAAGAACAGCAUCCAAUUUACCCGUGAUUACUCAAUAGUAAUUUUUGCGAUAUUAAUACCGAUAUUCUCAUGGGCUAUAUUACUUUUGGCAAUUGGCGAUGAUCCAAAGAACUUGAAUAUCGGGAUUGUUAACGAUGAAGCUGGCAAUUGCGACAGCAGCAACUUUGGCAAUAUUUGGAAUGAUGAAAUCAGCUGUCACUUCAGCAACCUCAGUUGUAGAUUCCUGAACAAUUUGGACGACUCCAUUGUGACACAGAAGUACUAUAACAAUAUUUCAGAGGCGAAAUAUGAUGUUCAAAGAGGAGAACUUCAUGGUAUAAUAUAUUUUCAUCAUAAUUUUUCUGAAGCUUUAAAAAUACGAGUGGAACAUGUUACUUUCGCGAAGGAUUCCGAUCUUCUUGCUAGUCAGAUUCAAGUUUUCCGUGAUAUGAGCGAGCUACAAAUAGGACAUUUUCUACAGAAGCAUCUAUUUGAAUGGUUUCUAGACGUUUUCAAGGCUAUCAUGAGUGACUGUAAAUAUUUGCCAAAAGUAGCCACUCCGCCGAUACGAUUUGAAGAUCCUAUAUAUGGUACUACUGAUUUAAAGUAUAUAGACUUCGUGAUACCAUCAAUUCUAGCAGUAGUAGCCUUCAAUAUGGGCAAUGUUGUCUCUUCCAUCUUGAUAAUCACAGAUCGAGAGGAGGGUGUCUGGAAUCGAAGCUUAGUUCAAGGGGUUAAAGCAAAAGAAAUUCUGCUGUCUCACAUUGUUGUUGAGAGCAUCGUCACAAUUAUCCAGUCCAUUACGAUAAUUCUCUUAGUCUUCCCUGUAUGGGGUUUGGAAUGUAAAGGAUCGAUAUUGGUUAUAAUCUUCCUUCUCUUUCUCAACACGUUUUGUGGAAUGAUGUGUGGUUUUGGUAUAUCUGCCUUUUGCACAACUGUUUCGUCGGCCAUAUUCUUGUCAACCGGAAAUUUCUUAACGACAAUAUUAAUGACUGGAUCUUAUUGGCCAACAGAGGCAAUGCCGACAUGGCUUGACUGGAUUAGCUACAUAUGGCCAACUACAUUGGCCUCCCAAUCUUUCAGGGGAAUCAUUUACAAAAAUUCUUCCAUUUCUGAUUCGGAAGUUUAUAUUGGUAUUAUAACAACAUUAGGGUGGACAGUGCUGUUCUUUGUCGUAACUAUAUUUGGUAUGAAAUUGAAAUCGUAGUAUUAUUAGAGGUUUUUGUCUACAUUAUAUAAA